ACGGUUUGGGUGGUAGCUGUGGACUACUAGGUCCCAAAGAAACAUCAUCGUAACUGUCAUACUUGUGAUACGAGUAAUCCAAUUGCUCCCUGGAAUUAGCUCUCCUCUGGAGUAAGGAACUUUCGCCGAUAGCACCAACUUUCGGAAUCACGGGAGAUAUGUCCUUCAAACUUGGCAUUUUCCACAAUUUGUUCACUUCACUGACAAGUCAUAAACUACUUAAUCCGUCACCUCCACUCAAAUUCGCACGUUUGGAGUUCGCUGUUCAGUCUUAUCUAUUAAAUGCAAACAAUAGUUAUCUCUUAUCUCGUUUACCUUUGUCGAUUUCAGUAGUAAAUACGGAUUUUUAAUUGGAAUGUAGUAUUUCGUAGCUGGUAAGUCACGAUUUCACUCUUGUAUUUAAAAAUUAUGUGAUCAUCAUACGGAAAAAGCGCGACUGGUAAUAAAUAUGCAUCAGCGAUGUUUUUGUUUUGUUAAAAGUACGUUAGUAUUGUUGUAUUGGUUAAUUUAACAACGUCAAUUAAUGGUUUCCUCCACGAGCAAAGGAUGGAUAAAGAUGGCUGUCACAAAGAGAUCAGAUACAAAUGAUGCACUGAUAUAUUUUAACAUUGACCAAUCACAGCUUGUAUGUCCAUUUAAAGAAUCUCAAGAACGGAAAUGAUUGGUAUGUAGGCUGCGAGGACAAAUCAAAGAGUUUUGAAUUAAAAUGUAGUGGAGAAUGUAGGUUAUAUUUAUAUUGAAAUCAGCUGAAACCGAAGGAUAAGUUUGUUUUUAUCGUUUAAAGAAAAUAAAAUAAUGAAUGAAUCAAAUAAAAAACAAAUCAUGCCUGGUAGGUUUAAUAUGAUGCAAAAAUCAAAUCAAAAUUCAAUACAAAAUAAGAAAGAUCCAAGAAAAAAAUCAAUUUACUUUCAAAAAAGUUCUAGUGGUAUCAGCUCUAUAGAUUCUUGUGAAGAAUAUGUUAUUGAAACAAUCACUUCAGUUCCAACUACAAGUUCUGAUAAAAGACAUAUUGAAUUCAGUUUACUUAACUUACAUGGAUCGAAAAAGUUAAAAUUAGAGAAUGCUUCAACAAUUGAAGAGUCUCAACAAUGUUUACAAGAUACACUUGAUUCUGUUAAUAUAUCAAAAUUAUUAGAAAAGAGUAGCCCAGCAGAAAAGAAUGAAUUCGAUGCAUUUGCCAAUUACCUAAGUGGCACCUUUACUCCUAAAAACAAUGCAAACAAAGAUAAAGUUUUAAAAAAAGAUGUAAACUCUUCAAUUAGUACAAGCAAUGAAGAUCUUUUUGGUUCGCAAUUUCUUGAUACUCAAACUUUAAAUCAAAUUGAUGUCAGUAUAGAAGAAAACAAUACAUCCCUAAAUAACAAUGGGAAACAGAUCUGUGCAAAUGAUUCAGUAAAUAAUGAUACCAAACAAUCACAAUUUCUUGAUACUCAAGCUUUAAAUCAAAUUGAUAUUAUCAGUAUAGAAAAAAACACUACAUAUCUUAAGAACAAUAGUAAACAGAUCUGUGCAAAUGAUCCAGUAAAUAAUGAUACCAAACAAUCUCAAUUUCUUGAUACUCAAGCUUUAAAUCAAAUUGAUAUCAGUAUAGAAAAAAAUAGAACACCUCUAAAUAAUAACAUUAAACAGAUGUGUGCAAAUGACUCAGUAAGUAAUGACAUCAAUCAGGUUCAGAAAGAAGUGGAUGAUCAUAAAUUUGCAGUUCCUUUAAAGUUGUGUUUUAAAGAAAGGCUCAAAUCUAAAGAAUCAAUGAACGAGACAUUGAUUGAUAAAGAAAUAGGAGAAAGAACAGUACUAUUUGAAAAUGAAAAAGUUACUACUGAGUACAGGAAAGAAGUGGAUCAUAUAUUUGAACAAAUCGAAAACUCUAUAUGUGCUAUGGGUGAAGAGAGCUCAAAAUAUAAUAUACCUGAAGAAUUCUUAGAUAUUAUAUUUAAUGAUGAUUUUGAAACAUCUCUAGAUAAAAAGGAAAUGCCAGAAAAACCCAGUUCUUCAGACUCCCCCAUUGUUACUUCCAGAAUGGAUCUGAGUUUUGGCUCCCUUAUUAAAAAAGCACUUAUAAAUAAUUCUACAAAGGCUCCUGGUGAAAGAAAAAAGCCAGUUGAUGUAUUGAAUUUAUCAAUUAAUGAAUCAAAAUCAGUGUUUGUGAAUUUAGGUCCAUUUUAUGGGCUUCCGUUGAAAGUUAAACAGUUAAUACAACAAUAUAAAGGAAUAGAAGAACUUUAUGAUUGGCAAGAUGAGUGCUUAAGGUUACCUGCCAUCGAAAGUAAAAAGAAUCUGAUAUAUGCUUUACCUACCAGCGGUGGAAAGACCUUGGUGGCAGAGAUUCUGAUGUUUAGAGAACUGUUGUGUUGUAGAAAGAACGCAAUUUUUAUCCUACCUUAUGUUUCUAUAGUGCAGGAAAAAGUGUGGGCAAUAUCUCCAUUUGGUGUCGCUCUAGAUUUUCUGGUUGAAGAAUAUGCCUCCAACAAAGGUGUUUAUCCUCCACGAAAAAGACGAAGAAAAAACUCUAUCUACAUAGCUACCAUUGAAAAAGCUUUAGGUAUAAUAAAUAGUUUGGUAGAGACUGGAAGACUGCAUGAAGUAGGCCUUAUAGUUGUUGACGAAUUUCACUUAAUUGGAGAAGAUGGGAGAGGUCCUACUUUAGAAGCAUCUUUAACGAAAAUUAUGUAUUUAAAAGCUAAUAUACAAAUCAUAUCUAUGAGUGCCACGAUAGGAAACAUAGCAGAUUUGUGCAAGUUUUUGAAUGCGGAUGUUUACACUAAGAAUUUUAGACCAGUAGAGUUGACAGAAUAUGUUAAAUGUACUAAUAAAAUAGCGAAAGUCAAUUGGAAUUAUACUAAUGAAGAUGAUAUAUUAACAGAUCAUAAGAAGAUCGAUUUUAAGUAUUCUGAAUCAAUUCAAAAAUUGGAUCCUGACAUGAUAGGUGGUCUUGUUAUGGAGGUAAUCCCAAAUGGGUCUUGUUUGGUAUUUUGUCCAUCCAAGAAGAAUUGUGAAAAUGUUGCCAAUCUAUUAUGUAAACUUUCUAAACCGGAUUUAAAAAAGUACAAGCAAGCGGAGAAGGAACAAUUAAUUCAUGCUUUAAAAGACGAAGGAGGAAUACUCUGUGAUAUUUUAGCUGUAUCUAUUCAAUAUGGUAUCGCUUAUCAUCAUUCAGGUUUAACGAGCGACGAAAGACGCAUCAUCGAAGAAGGCUUCAGAGCAGGUACCAUUUAUGUGAUAUGCUGUACGUCAACGCUGGCUGCUGGCGUUAAUUUACCUGCUAAAAGAGUCAUACUGAGAUCUCCGUAUAUAGGAAGGGAUUUCAUAAAUCUCUCUAGGUAUAAACAAAUGGUUGGAAGAGCGGGAAGAGCUGGACUGGGAGAAACUGGCGAAAGUAUUUUAAUCACUCAACCACCAGAUUUGCCGAAGGUCGUAGAGUUAAUGAUGUCACCUAUGAAUAGAGCUAUGUCUGGAAUGCAUCUCGCGGAAGGAAAAGGGUUAAGACAUCUGCUGCUCAGCUGCAUAAGUUUAGGAAUAGCCAAUACUAGAGCAAAAUUACACGAAGUUACGGCUCACACAUUGUUAGCAGUCCAAAGUGAUCAACAAGAAGUCAAUAUUAAACAACUCACGGACAAAGUGAUUAAGAACCUGUUUAAGUUGGGUGCUCUCAAGGAAUUUGAUGUUGUUUAUAAGGAAGAACCCAUCACCAAAUGUGAUGUUUCUGUCAGAAUGGAUACGUCUAUCCAAGACACUUCUCUUAAUGAAAAUGUUACAACACCAACAAAGAAACGAAAAAGAACUAUUGUAUUGACCGACAAUACGAAACUAGUCGUUAGUGAAUUAGGAUGUGCUGCUAUAAAAGGUGGUUUGGAGCUGUCAAGAGCACAUAUGUUAUACGAAGAUCUGUAUGAGGCCCAAGCUUGCCUUGUUCUCCAAGGUCAUUUACAUCUUCUAUAUCUAGUCACACCUUACGAGACUGCAGACCAAAUUACACCAAAUAAACAAGUUUAUUAUGAAGUGUUUACCCACUUAAAACCCAGUGAAUUAAGAGUAGCAAAAACAUUGGGUCUCAACGAAUCCGUAGCUGUUAAAAUGUUGGCAUCGAAUAAUCCCAUUAAGAGCGUACCUGAGCGAGUAAUCAACAGGUUUUAUGUAACAUUGAUGCUGUACGACUUGUGGAACGAGAUGCCAGUAUUUCAAGUUUCGGAAAAGUAUCAGAUCAACCGAGGGAUCGUACAAAAUCUGAUGACAAUUGCUGCCACAUUUGCCUCAAAUGUAGUAAAUUUUUGCGAAGAACUACAAGAAUUCUGGGCAUACGCUUAUCUUCUGAAAGGAAUGAGCCAAAGAUUGUCGCAUUGCUGUGUUAAAGAACUGUUACCGUUGAUGGAUCUACCAGCUGUCAAACAGAGUCGAGCCAAACAACUGUAUAAUGCCGGUUUCAAGACUUUACAAAGUAUUGCAAAAGCAAACGUCAAUGAUUUGGUACAAAAUAUAGAGUUCAUGUCCACUCGAGUAGCUAAUCAACUUAUAGCUGCAUCUAAGAUGUUAUUGCUCGAGAAGGUUGAAAACUUAAGGGAGGAGGCCGAAGAUGUGUUGGAUGGUGCAGAAGUGACGAAAUAAAUGUGUGUCACACGUAUUAAAUUUUGGACUGUCGAUUCAUUCGAAAAAACUUGAUAAAGUUCUGUCAACAGAGAAAAGAAAACUUAUAUUUCAACUGAAGAUCUAGAAUCAUAUAAAUUUUGCAUGGAAUAAUAAUUAUAUGACUUAAGUAAAUAGUGAAAAGGAGAAGAUGGUUACAAGUACUGAAGUUUGUUUUUAAGGAUUUCCAAUUGUUUCUUUUUAUAAAAGAUUUUUAAAUAUUUUUUUUUUACUUUUUUUAUAUAAUUUUCAAUAAAAUUUAAUUUACAC